AUGGCACCUAAUAGUGAUGAUCGUAUAAAAUCACGAGAGAUUUCAUCAGCUAAUCAUGAUGAAUUAUUGUCUGUUUUCAAUCGUUAUGCUCAUCAUGAACAUCUUGGUCAACUUUAUAUGACACCGAAUGAAUUUUUACAAGAUUAUUUAGGUUAUUUAAAAGGUGAUAAUAUUGAUCCAACAACACUUAAUAUUCUUGCAUCAUUAGUUGAUUUAAAUAAAGAUCAAAAGAUAACGAUAACUGAAUUUAUCAAUUUUGAAGCAUUAUUAACUGCAUCGGAUUCUUUAUAUCGUCUUGCUUUUCAAUUAUUUGAUCGUCAUGGACAAGGUUUUAUUACUUUUGAUGAUUUUCGAUAUAUUAUAUCAGCAACAAAACAGUUUAAAGAAUUUCCUUUUAAUUUUGAUUCUGAAUUUGUUCACAUGCAUUUCGGUGAUAAGCACCAAAGACAAAUUACAUAUAAAGAAUUUACGCAAAUUUUACUAGAUUUUAUUGAUGAACAAACAAUUCAAACAUUCCGUAAAUUUGAUAAAACAAAUGUUGGUUAUAUUUCAUUAAAAAAUUUCGAAAUUAUCCUUAAAGAAAUACGACAAUAUCAAUUAUCCGAUUUUAUAUCAACAAAUUUACAUGAUAUUGUUAAAUUAUCAUCAUCAACAGCAUUACCAAAUCAAAUUUCAUAUCCAUAUUUUACAGCAUUUCUACAAUUAUUAUCAAAUAUUGAAUCAAUGAGAAAGAUCUAUUUAUCUAUAUGUGCAAGAAAAGCACAUACAUAUAAAUCAGCAAGUAUAACAAAAGAGGAUUUUUUAACAGAAGCACAACAUUUUCCACGUACAACACCAUUACAAAUCGAUAUUUUAUUUGCUAUAACACGUGUAUUACAUCAAAGUCAUUUUGGAAAAGAUGUUGCAAAUGAAUAUGUUGAUUUUAAUGAUUUUGAUACAAUAUCAGCUAAUGAACAUUUAUUACCAUAUCGAUUACGAUCAGAAAUUGUUGAUGAACAUUAUAAAGUUGAACAUCAAAGUAUUGGAAUGAAAGUUCUUGAAAGUGGUUAUCGAUUUGGUCUUGGUAGUAUUGCUGGUGCUGUUGGUGCUACAGCUGUUUAUCCUAUUGAUCUUGUAAAAACUCGUAUGCAAAAUCAACGAAGUACAAGUAUUGUUGGUGAACGUCUUUAUCGAAAUUCGAUAGAUUGUUUUAAAAAAGUUAUUCGACAUGAAGGUGUUUUUGGUUUAUAUCGAGGAUUAAUUCCUCAAUUGGUUGGUGUUGCACCUGAAAAAGCUAUUAAAUUAGCAAUGAAUGAUUUUGUUCGUGAUAGAUUAACAUUACCUGAUGGAACUAUUCCACUUUGGGCUGAGGUUGUAGCUGGUGGAUGUGCCGGAGCAUCUCAAGUUACAUUUACAAAUCCAUUAGAAAUAGUUAAAAUUCGUUUACAAGUUGCCGGUGAACUUCAAUCUGUUCGUCGUCCAGCUGCUACUGAAGUCAUACGUGAACUUGGACUUCGUGGUUUAUAUAAAGGUGCUCGUGCAUGUUUUCUUCGUGAUAUUCCAUUUUCUUGCAUCUAUUUUCCUGCUUAUGCUCAUACCAAAAAGAAAUUUGCUGAUGAACAUGGCUAUAAUGAUCCAAAAAGUUUAUUCAUAUCCGGUCUUCUUGCUGGUAUACCAGCUGCUGGUCUUUGUACACCAGCUGAUGUUGUUAAAACACGUUUACAAGUACAAGCAAGAAAAGGACAAACGAAAUAUGAUGGGUUAGUUGAUGCUUUUAGAAAAAUUUAUGCUGAAGAAGGAUGGAGAGCUUUUUGGAAAGGUGCUGGUGCACGUAUGUUACGUUCAUCACCACAAUUUGGUUUUACAUUACUUACCUAUGAACUUCUUCAACGUGCUUUAAAUGUUGAUUUUCAAGGUAGAAAAUUAGACGGAUCAAAACAUGUUGAUCAAGAACAGUAUUCUGCUAAAUCACGUCAAUCAAUUAUACUUUCUGCUAAUUCGGAUCAUGUUGGCGGAUUUCAUUUAGCUCAAGCAACAUUUGAAGGUAUUGAAACACGUUUUGGUUUAGCUUUUCCAAAAUAUAAAACACCAACGCCCAGUGAAUCAUCAGGACCAACGAUUCCUCCGUUGACUACAUUACUUGGUGUUACUCCACAUACAAAUGCAACAAAUUAA